AGAGAAGCUACUAAUAUCUGCUAAGGUUGAGGCUGAGAAUGCGUGGUUGAAGCAAAUUAUUGAGGAAAAUGUAAAGCGUGAUGUUAGAGUCGAGGAAUUGGAGCAAAAGAAUAAAGAACUUGAGAUCAGACUCGCUAUAUUAGAACAGAGGGAAAAAGGUAUUUCUACAAAAGAUGUUUCGCGAUCUCUAGUAAAUUCUAAAGAUACUCCUGCAUCUAAUAUACCUGAUAAUACUUCAAAUUCUAAUAUUACUCCUGAACGAAUAGAAAAUAGCUCUGAUAUAACAUCUGAUUCUGAUAAACACCAGAAAAAGAAUAGCCAAUCCUCCCGGAAGAGAAGAAAUUAA